ACUGAGUCACGAGCUAUCUCCCGUUCUCCCUGAAAGCAAACCGCGAAAACCCUAGGCGAAGAGCCUCUCCGAUCACCAUCUCCACGAACCCCUUCCAUGGUUCCACCUCGACCUCUCCAGCUCCGUGACCUCCUCCUCUCCUACGGCCGCAUCGAGCCCGUUGGCGCACGCAAGCUCCGCCGCGCCCUCGCCAACAGCUUCGUCGUUGUUUCCGUCUUCUACAGGGCCUGAUUCUUAGAUCGGGACGACGAGCGCGAUGGUCUAGGGUUAGGGUUUGAAGAGCUCUUCGAGAGGCGCUCCCCGUGUUGGGGUUCGAGAGUGCGGUUUCGGAGGGAAGGUAUGGCUGCAAAUCCAAGUUGUUGCAGAACUUAUCUGGACUUGGAUUUAAAGAACCUACACCUAUUCAAAGGCAGGCUAUUCCAGUGCUCCUCUCAGGUAGAGUACCUUGUCUCGGAUGAAUCAGAUAAGCUAUUUGAGCUUGGAUUUGUUGAGCAAAUUGAUUCUGUUGUUAAAGCUUGCUCGAAUCCUUCAAUUAUUCGUUCUUUAUUCAGUGCCACCUUGCCUGAUUCUGUUGAAGAACUUGCGCGUUCAAUAAUGCAUGAUGCAGUUCGAGUCAUUGUGGGUAGAAAGUGAGAAUUUCCAUCAGACUCACA